GAAGGGAAAAACAUGAUCGGCUGUUUUUCCGAAGCAAUUUGCCAUCGAUACGAUAAUCUUGGCAAGUAAAGCGCGCGUGAGAAUGAAGAAGAGAAGCACCAAUCAGAUCCGUCGGGAGACAUCGAAACAUGGACAACGCGAAUACGUAUCGAUCGAAGACGCAGACGGUACCAAAGAGUAUGCUGGCAGGAGAGGAACCAAUGUCGUCGUCGCAGAGACGGUCGAAGGGAGGAAGGAUAAAGAAACGGAUACAGCGAUAUUAUCGACGAACACGAGGAAUUCCGUCGAGGUUGUUCGUCAGGAGCGGGUGUUGGAACAGCAACAACGUCGCCAGUUGUCCUCGUACAAAAAGCAUGGAACCGGAGAAGGCGGGGACGACGUGGGCGUGCUGGGGGCGGGACAGCUGGAUAUUGAAAAUGGCGCGAUCAUAGAGGCGAGUAGCGCAGAAGCGGUAGCUGUCACGGGUUCGUCUGCCGAUUGUAAAAACGAUGCUAGCGUCGUAUACGAUUUACAUUCGGCCACCUAUGAACCGUUCGACGAUCCCAACCCUCGAGAAAGGGGUUAUCUCCAACAGGAUUUGAAUCGCGAUGAAGGAGGCGGCGACCUCGCGAGGGACGAGCAACACCGGGAACAGCAACGGAAGCAACGCUCGUGGCAGCAACCGAUCGUUCACCCCCACCACCAACGACUCGACCAACAACAGGAGCGGCAGCACCAUCGCCACCGUCGUCGCCACCACCUCCACCACCUCCACCACUACCACUACCGCGAGCAGCACCAGUCGUUGCUGUUGCCGCAGCCGCAAUUCGCCGCCGAGUCGGGGGCGAGAGAAACUACUUCGGGUCACGAGGGAGGGGAUAACCGGCGAGGCAACGAAGGCUCCGCGUUGUCGGAGGGAAAUCGACUCGGCAGUCACGCGCCACGCUCGACGAUGAAUCGUUACGGUACGGAAACGCUCUCGCCGACCGCGACCGAUCACCACCACCCCCACCAUCACCACAACCAUCACCAUCAACGUCACCACCAUCAGCAGCACCAUCAUUUGCAGCAGCAGACAGACACGUCUCAGCAUACCGCGCUCUCUGCCGCCAGUCAUCGUCGUUUAGAGGAGCAAGAGUCCCAGUCGCAAUCGCAAACAGUGCCGGAACAACACCAAGAAAUAGAUCACGAGGACGGUUUAGCGGAAAGGGUCAGCGGAAUCACGGCGGCCAUGAGAGGGGCUAGGGGUGAUUUUAAUCUCGGUGUAUUGUUCCCGAAUCUGAACACAUCGAACUCCAGCAAUACCGCCAACGAAAUCGGAGCAACCGAUCAUCAUCAUAAUCACCAUCACCAUUCGCCUCCUCCCCAUCAUCAUCAACACCAACACCAAGACCAACACCAUCAGCAUCACUUGGAGGAAGUUUUACCGGACGACGCGUAUCUUCAGCAUCAGAUACGAGGAGGUGGUGCAGGAGGUGGGGUUGCCGGCGGUGGCGGCGGAAGUAGCGGGAACGGUGGCAGCGGCAGUAGUGGAGGAGAUGGUAACGGUGGAGGCGGCGGAGGAGGAGGAGGAUCGCCGACUUUGCGUACGGUUAGCUCGCCAAGUUCCAGUGGUAGUCCGCACGACGAUCAAGGACUCUCGUCGCCGCAUCAUCAAGGACUCUCGUCGCCCCAUCAUCAAGGACAAUUGGAUUGUGCAUAUAGAAUAUAUAGAUCGAACUCUCAAGGCAGCCAAUCUUACGCUCAUUUGACAGCCAUGCAACCGCCUUCCUCCGUGCAGGCCAAUCACGGUUUAGCCCAGGAUGCCGAUCGAGUAUCCGAUCAGCUUUACAUGGAGUCGAUUUACGCUCACCACACGGCCGGGACGCCUCACCAUCAUCAUCAGGAACACGAGCAGGGACCGCCGACACCCCAUUCGCCCACCGGCCCACUACCCAGUCCGUUGUAUCGUAUGAGCGGUGUGGGUACAAUGAUGGCUGGCAGUGCCGCAGGAACCGGAGGCACUUACACACUUCCUUACAUGGCCGGCAGCCCUACGGAACUGACCAGCUCGCCUCAGCAGCUUUGGAACGCGCAAGGGUUGUCCACGGGCAUUUCCGGCAUGUCGGAGGAUUACACCGGCGGAGGCGGCGGUGGUAGUAGCAGCAGCAAGUCGUCCGGUACGGUGACUCAUCAGACAUUACCAGGUUUCUCGCAACCAUUCUGCGGUAGACCGAGUUUUCGUGGAUACAGCCCAUCCUAUCCAACGCAACAGAGCAGCGCAGGAGUCGGAGCAUCGGUCGACCCAUCGUCUUGGAGUUACCCAUCGCCGUCGAACGACUCGUUGGCGACGCAAUACGCGACGACCCCCAGAAGGCAAGCUGUUAAUCCGACCACGGCACCGAGUCAGCAUCAGCUCACAGCUACGGCGAGCCUCAGUGCCAUGCACAACAUCGAGGCGGAAUACUUUACGGAAGGCCGCGAAUGCGUGAAUUGCGGCGCAAUAUCCACCCCACUGUGGCGACGGGACGGUACCGGCCAUUACCUCUGCAAUGCGUGCGGCCUCUACCACAAGAUGAACGGAAUGAACCGGCCAUUGGUCAAGCAGCCACGUCGAAUGUCCGCCUCGAGACGCGUAGGCACCUCAUGCAGCAACUGUCAGACAACGAUGACCUCUCUGUGGCGACGCAACGCGAUGGGCGAGCCAGUGUGCAACGCCUGUGGCCUUUAUUAUAAGUUGCACGGCGUGAACAGGCCGCAUACGAUGAAGAAGGACAGCAUUCAGACGCGAAAGAGGAAGCCGAAGGGCAGCAUGAAGUCCGCGGACACGCCGAUCGCGGGAAACGUUGCUUCUUGCGCGAACAACAACAACAACAACAGCACCAGUAACAAUAACAACAAUAACAACAACAACAGCUUGAAAAUAGAGCCAGAUACGUAUGCUGAUUUGCGGAUGGGCCACGCCGGAGUACCUCAAGUGUCAUCCAACGGUGUGCUGUACGGUAGUUUUCAACCCUCGGGUCGUAUAGUGUCCUAUCAGUCGUCGACACCUGGAACGUACUACGACUUAAUCGCUUCGCAGCAACAGCAUCAGCAGCAACAGCAUCAACAGCACCAACAUCAGCAGCUUCUGGAGACGCAUUCACCGAAAGUCGAGUGCCCGUCGCCGCCAUGCGCGAACCGAUCGCCGGUAAUGAUCUCGGCGAGUCAUUCGCCGGAUCAUCAUCAGCUCUCUGCUCCUCAUAUCGUUACCCUCGAAAAUUCCUCGCCUGGCACAGCGGCCACGAAAAUGAUGAUCGAUAACGGUCACUUGGAGAGACCCACGGUAGUUUCGAUAUCUUCCUAAAGGCUCGCCGUGAUAUCUUGACGAUAUCUUGGCGCACACCUUUCGCGAGGACUCUCGAGAAGUGAUCGUCUUUUUAGCGUGAACGGGACGAAUUUUGGAACUGCACAGACCAGAAAUCGUUCGGGCAAACUGUCCACGUUAGACUGAACCC